CUCCAUCUCCAUUGCGCGUCGACCACACAUCACGAUGCCGCCCCGAAUACGGCUCCGACCAUGCGCUCUGCGUCUCCGCAACGCCGCACCGCUCAACAACCCCCUCUGUGCAUCCUAUGCCUCGCUCACAACAGCAACUACCCCAGCGCCGGCAAUUGACCCAACGCAGGCUGCUGCCCCGAUACUCAGAUACCCGCCUACGCAACCGCCCUCGCACAAGCCGCCGGAAGUCCGCAAGACGCAGUUGCACCGAACAUACCAGUCCGUCCUCAAGUCGUCGCCCUUGAUCCUGCUGUUCCAACACAACAACGUCAAAGCGGUAGAAUGGAUGAGCAUACGGAGGGAGCUUGCAAUCGCGCUGCGGAAAGUGGACGCUGAGAGAGCGAAGAACGGCCACGAAGGCUUGAUCGGAGACCAGAUCAAGUUCCAGGUCAUAACCACGAGCAUCUUCGCCAGUGCACUGCGCGUGGUGGAGUUCUUCAAGCCGGAGGAGAACACGAUGGACCAUGUGCAGCAACCCACGGACCCACGGUCAGCGACGAGCGCGCAGAUCCCGCAGACGACGAACUCGCCAGAAGACGAGGCCUUCAAGCACGGUCUGAGCAGGAGAGCGUGGGAAGUGGCCUCGAACCGCAAGCUCAAGAGCGAGCUUGAGCCGCUUCUCUCAGGGCCCCUGGCUAUCCUCACCUUCCCAGAUGUAUCGCCACAGUACCUCAAAACUGUGCUCUCCAUCGUUGCGCCCUCGCCGCCCGAUUUCCCUGCGCCCAAGCGCAAAGCAAACCCCUCAUACUUUGAGCCCGAAGUGCAGUCCGGACUGCAGAAGCUCAUGCUCCUGGGUGCCCGAGUAGAGGGCAAGGUGUUCGACACAGAAGGCACGAAGUGGGUCGGCGGCAUUGACGGCGGUAUCGACGGACUGAGGGCACAGCUUGUCCACAUGCUGCAAGGUGUUGGUGGCCAGCUCACAGGUGCUCUGGAAGGCGCCAGCAGGAGUCUCUACCUGACCGUCGAGGGCAGGAGAAUGGACAUGGAGGAGAAAGAGAAGGGCGACAAGCCGGCCGAGUAGCGGUUCUGGUUCGAAAAUCUUGUAUAAGCAUUGGGAACGGAUUAUGUAUAGAUAUUGUACAUGUGUCGUAGUAGUACGGAUAGAGACACGAGUCUUUGUUGUAUGUAUAAUACAUCGCGGUUUGUUGAAGCAGAAGAUGCGCCCGAGCUCCCAAGCC